AUGCGGAUACUGGCCUGGCUGCACUUCCCUAUAAAUCUCUUCUGCCUGGGAUACUACGUACUCAGGUGUUGCGCCGCCACGGAUCCAGCCAGAUUCGUCCUCACUUACGGCUCCAUCAUCGAUCUUAUAGCCAUUCCGCCAACGCUCUUCGCUCCGUUUAUGGCGAAGCGGCACUUGGGUGAGUUGAAGGAGUUCAUUAUCUUGUAA